AUGCGCUUUGCCGACAUACCCAGCGAUAUCAUACUCAUAAUUGUGAAGUACCUGUCUGCUCAGGACAUAGCCGCCCUAGCUCAGACGAGCAAAGUUCUACAUUCCUUGGUGAAGGAGUACGGGUGGUCUAUUCAUGUGCGCUGCACGUCUUGGCCGUUGUCGUGGAGUCUGCAGAAGUCAUUCGCAGUAUGGGACGCAUACUCAAUAGUCCGGUACCACACUCUUACGGACCACCAUUGGGCCCACCAUGACUGUAUUGCGCGGCCUCUAUCGCGCAAAUGGUCAGGCAAACUUCAGCCGCUGUUAGCGUCGAAUGCCUCCAGACUGUUCGUCGGCGCCGGCAACACGAUCUAUUCGUAUGCCUUCACGGCUGUGAAGCCUGGUAAUACACCAGGUAUCCAGUUUGAGGGCUCUUUCACUACGACCGACCGACUUCAGGCUCGUCGGGAUAUCACUAGCAUGGUCACUGUCCCUGAUGGUGGUCUCGAUCGUACCUUGUACAUCGGCUACCACGACGGUGCUCUGGAAUGCAUCCAGUUGCCGUUCAGCGAACCAGGGCAGGAGAGGGUCUCCCUAGACCUAGCUACACGCGAUCGAUGCCAGUAUUACGGCGAUGACAUCGUCGAGAGCAUAUCCACAGCGGACAGGUACCUCCUCGCACUUUCUGCAGGGGGCACAGCAGCCUUCCUCGACCUCUCUGCACCAUCCGAGCCUCCACAGCUUGUCGACCUGAAGACCCGAGGUUGGGCUGCCUAUGUGUCAGCGCAGGGAACCCCAGGUUACGCCGCAUUCGGUCUAUCAUCGUCAUCCCCGCUCGUCGUACACGACAUCCAGCCGUCCGGGCUGUCUGAGAUCCCUUCCGUCACCCUCAGCUCCGGCUCAACUGAGGAGCCCCGGAAACCCUCUGCUGUCUACGGUGUCUGCGGUGCGCCGCCGUCCUUCCCGUGGGGCGCCUCCAACCAGAUAAUCGUAUCUGGGUGGUACGACGGACUUGUCCGCGUCCACGACCUGCGCGCAGACGCUCGCAAGACGAGCUAUCCAAAUGGGCCUGGGGCGCUCACGCCUGUGCUGGCGAUGUAUGACCCGUGGACGUUCGAGCCGAAUUACUGCGUCGCAUGUGGAGGCGGGUCGUCAAGUCAUAUCGCUGCUGGGACGGCGCGCCAUAGCGUUGUGGCGUUGUGGGAUGUACGCAAUGCCAAGGGUGGAUGGAGUGUCCAUGGCCCUGGAAACGACUCCUCACCUGUGUACUCCAUCAUCCUCGAGAGCUCUCGCCUUUUCGGAGCGACACAAUCACGUCCGUUUGUACUCGACUUCGGUCCAGAUUCUCACGAGGAGACGUAUCCCCCGCUUCACUUCAACCACCGAGAGGAGAACCUGCGAAAGCGGGACAAGAGUGGCAUUGGAUUCUACGUCACGAAAUACAGCCAUGGUCGCUGA